AUGCAGCAUGUCAAGAAUAUUGAAACGUUGUCUGAAGCCCAGAACAGGCAGCUGCAACUAGUCCUUGAUGACGAUGACCGGGCAGAUUCAGACAAAGGCACUGAGACACCUGCGAGACAGAGCAGUAGUGUUACUGCGAGCAAAAGGCCCAAGAAGAAGAAACAGUGGACUCGCCAGCCACACGUGACAAUAUGUGCGGCAAAGAAAGCAGCUGCAAGCCAACAAGAAGUAGCUGUCAGCGCAGAUGUCGUCAAUCACGUAUUCGAAAGAGAUCCUCGCAACUAUGGCGAAGCAAUGAAGAGCAAGAAGAGAGACGAGUGGCAAAAGGCAAUGCGUGAGGAGCAGGACGCGCUCAAAAGAAACGAAGUGUGGUGUUUGACGCUCCGAUCAAGCAACAGCAACGUUCUCCACAGUAAAUGGGUCUUUAAGACCAAGACGACUGCCGAUAAAGAUUUGAAAAGGCACAAAGCGCGUUUCCUGCGGUAA